AUGGGAGUUUCAGAGAAAGACCCUCUUUCCCAGUUGAGUCUGCCUCCUGGUUUUCGGUUCUACCCCACCGACGAGGAGCUUCUCGUACAGUAUCUCUGCCGCAAGGUCGCCGGCCACCAUUUCUCUCUCCCAAUUAUUGCUGAGAUUGAUUUGUACAAGUUCGACCCGUGGAUUCUUCCAAGCAAGGCGAUUUUCGGGGAGAAAGAGUGGUACUUUUUCAGCCCUCGAGACAGGAAGUACCCAAACGGGUCUCGACCCAACAGAGUAGCCGGGUCGGGUUAUUGGAAAGCCACCGGAACCGACAAGAUCAUCACCACAGAAGGAAGAAAAGUUGGCAUAAAAAAAGCCCUCGUCUUUUACGUUGGCAAAGCUCCCAAAGGCACCAAAACCAAUUGGAUCAUGCACGAGUAUCGCCUCCUUGACUCUUCCCGAAAGACCACUGGCACCAAGCUGGAUGAUUGGGUUCUGUGUCGCAUAUACAAGAAGAACUCGAGUGCACAGAAGGCGGUGCAGAACGGCAUGGUUUCGAGCAGGGAACACACUCAGUACAGCAACGGUUCCUCGUCGUCGUCUUCGUCCCACCUAGACGACGUUCUGGAAUCGCUGCCUGCGAUCGACGAACGGUGUUUCGCGAUGCCACGUGUCAACGCAGUGCAGCAACAGCAGGAGGAGAAGGUGAACGUUCAGAACCUAGGUGCGGGUGGGUUGGUGGAUUGGGCCAACCCUGCGGUUCUGAAUUCCGUGUCUGAUUUCGUUUCGGGGAACAAUCAAGUAGUGCAGGACCAUACUCAGGGGAUGGUGAACUACAACGGGUGCAAUGACCUUUAUGUCCCCACCUUCUGCCACGUGGACUCCUCGCUUCCGCAAAAAAUGGAGGAAGAGGUGCAAAGCGGCGUAAGAAACCAAAGCAAUAACUCGUGGUUUCUUCAGAACGAUUUCACACAGGGGUUUCAAAACUCGGUGGACACGUGUGGGUUUAAGUUCCCGGUUCAGCCGGUCGGGUUCGGGUUCAGACAAUGA